AUGGCAACAACAGCAGCAAUCUCCAAUAAUCUAGUAUUGCCUUUGGAUAUUCAACAGAAAUUACAAGAACUUGAGCUGGAACUAGCCGAAGGUGAUAUAACACAAAAAGGUUUCGAAAAGAAACGUACUAAAUUACUAGCACCCUAUCAAAAACAACAAUCAAAUGAACUUCUGAUUAGCAAUAAUACAAACAAUAAUAAUAAUAAUAACUGUGAAAAACCUUCAAAUCGUCAAUCAAAACCUCGUUGUCGACGUCAAAAACGUGAUGGUUACAAUCGAUAUCAUUCAGAUGUUCGGCAAGAAGCAGUUAAACAAGCUUUAGAACAAUUCGGUGCUCGUCCUAUUCCUUCAUCGAAACGUAUUAUUAAUUCUCAUCAAGAUAAACAAGAGUUUUCUGACGAUGAAGAUGAUGAUGAUGAUGAUGGUGCAAGUAGUUCAACAUAUGCAACAACAACUGAUGAUCAACAAAAUAAAGAUUCAUCUAUUUCACCUAUUCCAAUACCAAUACACAGUCAUCAUUAUCAAAAUCCACCCUCAGUUGAAUCAAUAAUCAGAAAUAUUCAAGCACCGCCGCCACCACCUCAAUUUCUAUCUGAUUUUAUUCAUCGUAGUCAAGAACCAUCACUAUCGAAUAUUGAAUGUGAUUUAACACGAAGUGCUGGUGCUCGUUAUCGUGAUUCAAAUUCAGAUUAUGUUAAUACAAGCCAACAACACUAUGUAUUAUAUGGUGAUCGAAAUGCAUCAAUAGAUUCACCGAAAUCUAUAAGCAAUUCAAUCAAUCAUCAAAAUGAAGGUAAAAUAAAAAGAGAAGAAGAUGGAGAUUUGAGUAAUGAUCAAUCAUUUAUUUAA